UAAAGAGGUCUUUCUAGAUUAAAUCAGAACCGAAAUUAUUGGAAAGUAUAGAUUAAAUGAUCUGUGGUACAGGAAUCUAGUGAGGGCCUUUGAGUUGAGAGACGUACGUGUUGACUUCAAGUUCCUCAAAAAUAUAUCCCAGAGGAGUGGUUCAUCAACCAACACAGCCACCAUGUCUUCAGGAGGGCUACAACACAAAGACCGCUACAAAAAUCAAGGUCUCAAUGCAAAUGAGAUGCGACGGCGACGUGAGGAGGAAGGCAUUCAACUGCGCAAGCAGAAGAGGGAGCAGCAGCUGGCUAAGCGCAGAAAUGUUGUUGAAAUUGUUGCUGGGGAUGAAGAUAAUUUGGAGGAUGGAAGUGGAGGUGGUGGAGCUGCUGGAGCAAACAGCACCGCUGGUGGGGGCACCUCGCUAAUCACCCAAGAAAUGGUGCAGGCUCUUUACUCCAACGACCCUGAUGCCCAGCUCUCUGCCACUCAGCGUUUCAGGAAACUUCUUUCCCGCGAACCAAAUCCUCCCAUUGAUGAAGUUAUCAGCACUGGAAUUGUGCCCAGAUUUGUGGAAUUUCUUCAGAGAGAUGGACUAUGUACUUUACAAUUUGAAGCUGCAUGGGCCCUAACGAACAUAGCAUCAGGGACAUCAGUACAGACUCGUAUCGUAAUCUCGGCAGGCGCCGUCCCAGUCUUCAUCAAAUUGCUCAGCUCUGAGUAUGAAGACGUGCAGGAACAAGCUGUCUGGGCCCUCGGUAACAUUGCUGGCGACUCGCCUGACUGCCGUGAUUAUGUGCUCUCUGAAAACAUCCUUAUGCCCCUCCUACAGUUAUUGGCCAAAAGCAACCGCCUGACCAUGACCCGUAACGCUGUAUGGGCGCUAAGCAAUCUCUGCAGAGGAAAGAGCCCUCCACCCGAUUUUGCUGCUGUGUCGCCGUGUCUGCCAGUGCUGUCACGGCUUCUGUUUCACUCUGACCCCGAUGUUCUGAGUGACGCGUGCUGGGCACUGUCUUACCUCAGUGACGGACCCAACGAGAAGAUCCAAGCUGUCAUUGAUGCCGGCGUUUGCAGGAGACUUGUGGAGCUCUUGGUGUACAACCAACACAGCGUAGUAGCAGCAGCACUGCGCGCAGUAGGAAACAUUGUUACGGGUGAUGAUGUACAGACGCAGGUUAUCCUCAACUGCUCGGCUCUGCCUUGCCUUCUGCAGCUGCUUGCUUCCCCGAAAGAAAGCAUUCGCAAGGAGGCCUGCUGGACCAUUUCUAACAUCACGGCUGGCAAUCGACCUCAGAUCCAAAUGGUGAUUGAGGCUAACAUUUUCCCCGUGCUCAUCGACAUCUUGAGAACUGCUGAAUUCAAGACCCGGAAGGAAGCGGCAUGGGCUAUCACGAACGCGACCUCGGGAGGCACUCCAGCUCAUAUCCGUUACCUCGUUGAACAGAACUGCAUCCCAUAUCUCUGCGAGCUUCUGACCGUUAACGACGUCAAGAUAGUUCAGGUGGCACUCAACGGAAUCCAAAACAUCCUUCAGUUUGGUGAGCAAGAGGCAAAGACAACUUUCGGCGUGAAUCCUUAUGCUGUACUCGUGGAGGAAUGCUAUGGUCUCGACAAGAUCGAGUUUCUUCAAAGCCACGAAAACAUGGACAUCUACCAGAAAGCAUUUGAAAUUAUUGAGCACCACUUCCACGGUGAGGAGGAAGAUCCUAAGGCCCUUGCAGGCGCUGUGCCUGGAGGAGAGGCUGCGGCGCCUGUAGGUGCUAACGGCGUGGUGUCUGAAAGCGGUGGCUUUGGGGGCCCCUCUGUUGCCGCAGGAGAUGCAGCUUCGGUCGCUCAGCAAUCGCAGCAGUUCCAGUUCACUGCUGAUGGCGACAAAGCACCAGAAGGAGGAUUUAAUUUCUAACAUAUAAUCGACUAUAAUCAUAACGAAGAUAUUCCUAGUAAUCUUUUAUUAUAUCAAUUUCGAACGCGUGGGAAGAAUAGAAGUUAAUUUUUUUCUCUUGGUUUCGCUUUCACUGUCCCGAACAUAGUAUUUCUCUCGGUGUUACGCACGAUACCUUCGACCUUGUUUCUCGUCUUUAGAGCAGUAGCAGUUACUUCACAUCCAAUAUAUAUGCGCGAUCGUCAAUGAGGAUUUGUGCGAAGGCUGUCUCUACCUUGUUGCACGUUCUUGCUUGAAUGUUGCCCCUGAACUGUGUUGCGAUGCAAUAUCAUUUGCGCUGCGUCUUUUAUAAGUAAUAAGUCUAUAACUUGAUUGCCCCCACUUGUUUUUUAAGUUCAUCUUUAGUUCGACCGUUUCUUUCAUAUUCUCUUGAAGAAACUUUCGAUCGUCUAAUAAAUUAUAGCAAUUGUUUUCAGAAAAAACUUUCUUCGUCACCUUCCAGCACGAUUAAAAAAUUCACGUCCCAGUGUUCUUAUUGCUGACUGCCCACAAUCUUCAUGUUUUGCUAGUCUCUUCAUACUUCCAGCGUCACUCCUAGGUCCAUAGUCUUAAAGUUUAAACUCGUGCUAUCGUACGGCUACAAGGAAUUAUAAAAUUCUUAUUCAAUGCACCUAAUCUAUAUCCCAAUAUCCAAUUUCGAAUGACACCAAUUCGUAAAAAUCUUGUUAAUUUUUGGUUUACAACAUAUAUUUCAGAAUUGUUUGAGAUUUCAAAAUACUUGCACUUGGUCCGCUAAGUAGAAAGCAAGUUGUUCAGCAGAGUUUUUGCCGUGGUGAACUUGGUAGCGCAAGUUAAUUGGCUAUGAUAGUGUCAACUACUGCCGAGUUUGCAACCGAUCACAUUUGUCAUUGUAAAGUUUACGAAUGUGGCUGGAAGUGCGUACAGUUCAAGAUCUUUACUGCACAAGUGCUGCCUGCAGUUAGCUCUGAAGGAAUGCAAUUCCCUAGAUUUGAAUGUUGUGUUACCUAGCCGAUUUCUUUGCUCAACAUCGCCUAUUUUUUUGUUGAUUAUCGCUUGCUGAUCUUUCCUCCAUUUUCUUGUAUGAAACAGAAUCGAGUGCUGUGGCUCUGUCUGGCUGAAAUUUGAUCUUCAUUCCUGGACUUGAAUGCACUAAAUUUCAGGAUUAAAUGAGUUCCAUGAAACUUGUCUUAGAAGACGUAAAAUUUAUGAAUUAUUGUACUGUAGGAAAGAAUUUGAAAGCUGCCAAUUAAGCCACUUUGACGAAAGGUAGCUUUUGAAAUAAUAAUGCUAGGACACUAUCCAAAAUUUUUGAUUAUUUCUUAGGGUAAAUAAACCUUAGUAGAAAUCAUUGACAGCUUUGUACAUUGCAUUCCACUUGAAUGAAUUGUGAGAAAGAAUUCUAUUUCAUUCUUGUUAGCUCAGCGAAAAAUUCUUGAAAGGAAGGGAAAAAUGCAACAUAUCCCUCCUACGCAUCUAUUCCGCAUUAUGGAAAGACAGUUCCAUGACUUUAUAAAAUCGCGGAAAAGUUUAGCGUCACCUAGAAGAAGCGAGUUAUUCUUUUUCAUAGAACUCAAGUAUGACUUCAUUUCUGUCGUAGCAUAAUUUUGAGUCAAAUUUUUUUUACUUCUGCAACCCCCGGCCUGCUUGAAGUUGCUUGCUGGAAGUGUCGUUACAUGUAGUAAAAUUUAUUUCAAGGAAUUAAAUUUAGGACAGCGAUAUUUAAUGACGAAUUUUUCUUCUGUUAACAGCGAUGCAAUAACCUCGUUGUGAAUGCAAUUAGAGUAAGCGUCAAGCUAACGUUUGAGUUGAUCCCUUACAAGAUUAAUAUUUUAAUAGUCUCUCCUGUAAAUUAUCAACCACCUUGCAUAGCACUCCGAGUUUAUUUAUUUCUAAUUGGAGUUAAGGCCUCGAUUAAUGUUUAGACCAUAAAUAAUAGAUACGUCAAUAUUUCAGUUUAAGUUGCAUCAAUGUUAUAUGUGUCACUUGGGAAAAUAUCUUCUCUUAAAGAUUUUUUGUGUGACAAGUUCUGUUGACUUGAGCCUCCUAUUGUGUGAGAAAAAUUUCUCUCAUUGUAAGCUUCUCUCUUCUCAUCGUGUGCGAAAGUUUAAACUGAGCGGAAACUUGUAUUACUGCAGGUAUAACUUACGGAACGAUGUGUUUAUGUUCAUUUUGUGUAUAGAUGUUCAAAAUUCAAUUAUAUCUUUGCGUGAACUUGGCUCGGUUGAUGCGUGAAUUAUUUCUUCGCGAGUGUAGUUAUUGCAAUAGACAAACAACUUUUUCUUCUAAGACUAUCUUCUAAGUGAUGUACUUUAGACAACCAACGGUUUUCUUCUUAUUUUUUGUUCUUUUAAAAUUUGAUCGACAGAACAUCUUUCAAGUUCUUCAAUUAGCCUGUAUGAAUUUAUUUAUUCUUUUAUUGUUUUUUUUUUGUGUGAUCUGUUAAAUUAAUUUACGAAAAGUAUUUACUAAGGAAAUAGAACUCCAUUCAAAAAUGCUUCAAACUAUGGUUCAUCGUAGCUGUUUUCUUCCGUUCUUCAGCACGAGUCUGCUUCCUUCUUCCUCAUUUAGUUACUAAUUCAUAUGUGGUCAAGAAAUUUCGUUUGACAUUACAAUUGUAGGGUUCAAAGAAUCAGUUAAGUGUAAUCCUACCACGGCAAUUGAAAACGGUUCAAACUCACCACGUUCUUGUUGAUAUUGUCCACUUGUAAACCUGAAAGCUUUGUUAUUUUUACUUAUUCAUAUUUUAUGCCUUUACCUUUGCGUAUGCGAUUUGUAUUGUGCAAAACUAGAAUUUACUGGCAUGUAAUAUCUUCUCUGUAUUCGCAAUUUUUUCAUGCAUUUGUGCUAAAGCGUGUUGCUGCAUCCAUACCUGCGUUACAAGUUAAAGCGUACAGUAGAAUGAAUGCCUCAUAGAUGUUCAUGCUGAGGAUGUACAGUGAUGACUUGGGCGCAUGAAUGCAAUGAACUGAAUUGCUUUUCUUCGUGGUGGCAAACUAUUUUCUAUUUUCUGGUUAUUUACUCACUGAAAAAUAAUGGGAGGGCCACGAAAGUACUCUAUGAUUUGCCACCAUGCAUCCAUUGUAUGUAAGAUUAUGAGACACUUGUUUGUUAAUUAGUGAAGUGUGCUGCACCUCAGGUAUGUGGCAGCUCAUGUGUAUAUAUGAUUAUUUUGGGCGCUUGUAUAAAUAAAAAAUAAACCCGAACGUGAUGCCUCAGUGAUAGAAUGCCUGACUUCUGACUUGUUCUGAGUGUUUUAUCUAAAGAAGGAAUUAAUGUAAAUGUGAAUGAAAAUAGUAGCAUAGAAAGAUAAAAGUGAAGGACUGAACUGAAGAACGUCUGUUUUCUGGGUUCAUGAUGUCUGUUUACCUUUUGAGACAUUUUUUCUUACAUAUGAAUCAGUUCUUAAGUUAAACAUUAAGAUUUAUGAAUGUGAAUCUCUGUGCGCCGCGACGAUUAAAUCUCCAAAUGCCGUUUGUUUCCACGUGUUUAUAUGCCUUGAGUGAUGUUUUGUAAGCGGCUGAUACUAGAGAUAUAAUUCAUGUGAAAUGCGAGUGAUAAUGUGCCUACUUUCAAGACUUGCUUCAAAUUUCAUGCAGCCAGUAAAAAUUUUUGUCUCUAGUCUCAUCCGGUCAGCAGCAUUUCCAUUGAAAUUUGUUGCGUGCUGAAAGUGACACUAAACGCGACGUACGGGUUUUGUAUUUUGAUGUUAGUGAGCUUGUUAUGCGUUGCCAAAACCUUGUUGAAUCUUUUGCUAUAAAUAAUGCCUGAUGACAUGUUCGAAAUGCGCGAGAGCAACGUUGUGUAGAGGCUGGUUUCUUGUCCACUUGACUAUCGUCAGGCCUGCGUUUCUUUGAAGCACAUAAUCUAGUACACCCAUUUGGAAACGCGCGUCUUUUCAUUCAGUUGACGGUUCAUACUCAAACAUUUGUGUAUAACAUCCGUUUGUGGACGGACAAGCUAUUCAAAAUUUUUGUAUAAAAUCCUUUUGUGGACGGACAAAUUAUUCAAUUCCAUUAUGAUGAGAACGCACUCGUUUACAAGUCAAAGCUACUCCGCAGAUCUGUGUUGCGGUGAAAAAAUGGUUUUAAUUUCAUAUUGAUCGAACUGUCUCGUGUAAUAUGACGUAGAUGAUGUAGAUGAUUUCUUCUGGGUUUAAUAGAAAUGAAAUUAAAUAAGAUCAUGUGACGACUGUGGAAGGGAACCAGCUUUCAUUGCGGUUAAUUGAGCGUCUAAUGUUAAGGAUUGUAUGACACGUGUGUAAUGAGGUAAAAUAAUCUUUGUUUGUGAGAAUCGUCAGGACUAGGAUAAAUAUUGCUAAUGUUCCUCAGGGUGAAGUGCGAAAUGCGUCGACCGGUGGUGGUCUGGUGAUGCUAGCAGGAAUGGUAGGGGUGACGGUGUACUGGUUGGAAUUGUGUGUACUAGUAAGAAUGCAAGAGGCUGUGAACUACGUUGUAUAAGAGGCCUUCUGUGAUUUGCGUGUUGUCAUGACUGGGAGAUAGCGUGUCUCGCUUGAAUAAAUGUAUUUCAAUUU